UUGUAAAGAAUCUAUGGAUAGUAAAAAUAAUAGCAACAUGUCCACCGAUAGACCGGCAGCAACAACAGCUGACCGGGAAGUAACGAACUUUCGGAAUGCAUUGUAAAGGCAACGAAGCACGUUGCGAGGUUGCAAACAAAAUGGAAAGCACAUGACGACAAUGAGACCGAUAACACCUUCUGUUGCCCGCAGAAUGUCGGGAUCUCCAACUUUCGUAUACUACCUACAUACCCGGGUAGCAGGUACUGUCCGGUAUUAGUAUACAUAGCCCUAAUAUUAGGCAACCUCUUUUUUCCCUCUUCGUUCUUUCAUCCUGUAUCUAGUAAAACAUUACGUUGACCUUUUAAGCUACAAGUUAAUCAAACCUUGGCGUGCGCUCCCUUCUUCUUUUGCAACUCAGCCUCAUUAUCGUCGCUAUAUCUACGGUACCGAUCUGCGCUGCGCUUAGUUUUCUCUUUCGUCAACCCCCUACCUAAGUACAUUACUUACCCACCUACAUAGGAACGUACAUCAGAUCACCUACAGUCGCCCUAGAGAUAUUUAUUUAGAAACCAACUGAACUCCCUUCUUUUAUUAUUUAACACAUUGUACAUCGUCUAUAUUAGUUGGUCGCCUAUCGAGUUUCCCUUGUGUACCUAGUAUCCAGCUCCGAUCGUAAAGUGUGCAUACAAACGAAUCAAUGAACCAUUACAACUUCUAAAAAUGCUCGACGAGAACCUACCAACUUUUUUCUUCCGACAUUCGGCCAAUAACCCUCUUCUAAACAUCCUCUACUUCACCCAGAAUGGCUCCGAGCCAGCAGCUGAAUACUCUCUCCAGAAGAUAAAUCCGGACCUUCCCCAGUCCAAGAACAAGUAUGCCAUUGCCUUGGGGGAUGCGGGCAUUCAGGACGUCAUUUUCGGAGAGGUCACAAUCGAGCCCGAGUUUCAGCAACCCACACUUUCCGCCGCCGAAAUCCGACAGCAAAAUGGCGUUCCACCUCCUCCCGUACCUAUGAUACCCGACGGUUUCACGAUACAACUCUACAACCCCGAACAGAAGGUAGCUGUGAAAGGCGAAAAGAGUACCUGGACAGGCAAAGAGUCGUGGGAGUUUGAGAUGCCCCAGCAGAGUUUCCGCAUGCCCUCGGUGUCUAAAGUCGACCGCGCGCAGACUAAUCCGGUCGCGAGCGUACUUACACCCAAGAUCAUGUUCAAGUGGAAGCGGGACAGCAAGUUCUCCAAGGAUAUGACAUGUUACAUGACAGGUACUUCUGUGGGUGGCAGAAAGAGCAAGGAUCCAGAUAUCACAAUAGCCUUGUACAAACACGGCCGCGAGCCGACCGUUACCGUCUACGAACCAAACCUGCAAAGGGUGGAUAUCGAGGAUCGCAAGGGCCUGGAAGUAGUAUUACUACUCGGCGCAGAGGUAAUCCGCGAGAUCUACCUCUUCCCCAACCGGGAUUCAUUCAAUAUCGUCGGCGCGCCCUCUCGGCGCAAAAACUCGCGGCCUACCCCAACCCCAGCACCGGCGUCUACAUCGCCGACGAACAUACACAUGAUGAGCGGCGCAAUGGGAAACGUGCCUCCCGCUACGAGCACCUCGCCCAUCACACAGCAACCUACGCCGCCUAACGAGGCGAGACUCGAGGCCGAGGCUAAACGCAUGCAAGCGAUGAAGCAGCAGGAAGAGCGCGAGCGCGAGAAGAGAGAUCGCGCAGAACAGAAGCGCAUUAAGAGGAUGCUAGAAGACGAGGAGCGGGAGCGCCAGCGCCGGGACGCGGAAGUCGCGAAGGAGACGGAGAGACUGAGGAAACAGUUCGGUAUGGAGGGGCAAGAUUUCGGUCCCAAACCGACGCUGCCGCCUCGGUCAAAUGUCGCGGGACCGAGUGUGUCGCUGCAACCUCCUCCAAUCCCGCCUCCGCGACCCCUAAGUGCGGGACCCAGACCCCAUGCUAAUAGUGGUGGAGGUGGGUUUGGGAACUGGUUCCACGGACUCGGGACGAGUCCCGGGAUGCCGAUGAUGCAGGGUGGGCUCGGGUACGGGUAUGGCAAUCAACCGCAGACCGGGCAGGGAAGGAGGAGGGGUGGGAGUGCGGAUUCGGGGAAGGUGCAGAAGAAGAAAAGUACUUUCUUUUGAUGAGGAGAAGGGGAAAAGUACCCAUUCUCGGGAAGGGUUGUUGUUAUAGAGCUUAUGAGAAGGCGUGUAUAGAUAAAGCUCAUGAUUGGUAACUUGAGAUUUCAACGGCAUUUUUUGGAGCUUGGCGUGUUGGUUGGACGGCCCGGUGUACAGCACGGCGAGGGCUCGCAGCAUGGAAUUAGAUGGUGCUGGUUUUACACUGGGAUGGGAUGGGAUGGGAAUGGGAAUGCGGAGAGGUUAGGGCAGGUUCGGGCAAACUGCUUCGUUAGAUAUGAUUUAAUGAUACCCACGAAUUGGUUUUUGAGGUUCUGGUUUUAUUUGAUGUGAUACUAGGUGAUGGAAGGAGUUUGGAG